AUGAACGCCAAUACGGCAGUCAUGCAAUGGCUGCGGCAUAGAGAAUAUGCAGGACCCAACUUCGAGAGGGCCCUUGGCGAAAUCGAUAGAAAUUGGAUCACCUUCGUCGAGAUUCGGAAUAUAACCAUGAUCGACUGGGUUGCAGACCCUCUCCAACCAAUCAGUAUCAAAGUCGCUCAUUUGGGCGCCUCCCUUGAAGGCGUCACUCUCAUUUCAGUCAAACAGGGACUAGCCAUGAUCAGAGACCCAAGUCUCAACAUCAGCGAUCUCCUCGGUUGGGGAGGAGAUCUUAUAACAUUCUACGUAGACUGGCAAUACGCUAUGCGUGCUUCGAAAACCCCAAUCUCGGGGUACGGCUUCUGCCUUGACCGGCUAGCGCAGCCGGCAUAUAAAAAGGAAUACAUUCACACUGCCAAGCUGCGCGAUUUGGUGGAGGACGCAGAUGCUUAUAACAUCGGCACCGUACUGAAUAGGCCCGGAAGAAGGACUAUCGUCCAAGAGAUAGAGGAGCUAUUUCGGCCUGGUGGAGGGUAUACAAAUCGCUUUGCUAGGUUUUGGCAAAAGAAACUGGGCGGGUCGGUGGAGACGGCAACUAAGCUAGCGGAUCAUUUGCUUUCAACGAAUGGUGUGUUGGAUGGGAUUGCAAUGGCACGGCGGGAUCUCAUAGUGCAACGGGAGACCUUCCUGAGGAUUGCCCCUCCAAUUACGAGGCCGGAACUACUUAACGGGACUGAGAGGGAGGGCUUUUGUAGGGGGUUUGCGGAGGUGAUGCAGCAGCUUGCUUCGUCUGGGUAG